GCAGCAGCAUCAAAAAGGGAGCUGCGGGGACCACCUCUCUGCAUCACCUCAUUUUUAUGCUGUCCCCUCGGCGGCGCUACCCCAUCCAGCAGGCCCAGUACACCUCUCUGGGGACCCUGCCCUCAAUCUGCUGGGAUGGAUAUCGGCGUAAAAAACAGCUGUCUGUCCACAACUCCAGCCUGGCCCGGAGCCCUGUGACGGUGAAGAUUGCUCGGCCAGACAGCAGCCUCUGCCAUUCCCCACUGUUGGAGCAGCUGGCUUCCCCCGUGGCUUUCUCUGUAACACCCAACAGUACCCUGGAUCCAUGCGCCAAAGAGACAGUCUUGAGCGCUCUCAGGGAGAGCCGAAAAAGGGCUGUGGAGGAGGAGGAGGAGGGAGAGGAGGACCAGAAUGUCCCAGGUGGCCAGGAGAGCAAGAGGAGGCGCCAUGAUAGCAGCGGGAGUGGACAGUCUGCCUUUGAGCCCUUGGUGGCCAAUGGCGCCCCAGCAUCUUUGGUCCCCAAGCCUGGCUCCCUGAAGCGCUGCCUCCUCUUGUCCCACUGCCUGGAAGAAGGCUCCUCCAAGAGGUCGCGCACCUCCUCCCUCAGCUCCGUCAACAGCCUGCCUGUAGGGGGGAUCCCCAGCUCCAUCCGCAAUGCCAUCGCCAGCUCCUACAGUUCUACCCGGGGCCUCUCACAGCUGUGGAAGAGGAGCCCAAGCACCUCUCCUCUCUCCAGCCCAGCAUCCUCCCGUUCUCAGACGCCUGAGAGGCCGAACAAAAAAGCAAGAUACCCCAACGCCAGCCUCACGGAUGACGAGUCUCAUCAGUCCAUCAACUCCACACCUGUGAGGACAGACAAGGAGGCACCAGCAGAGAAGAGUGAGUCAGUAGAGAUGCCCCUACAGAGCAGGCACAGCUCACCAGUGUCAUCACCUUCAUCAGGCAGCACUGGCAAGCGCAAGCGGAAGAUCCAGUUGCUUUCCACUCGGAGGGAAGAUAAUUUCACCAUGCCUCUUCCGCCUCAGCUGGGCUAUUCUGUCACUUCUGCUGACCUGGAUGCAGAAAAGAAGGCUGCUCUGCAGUGGUUCAACAAAGUCCUGGAGGAUAAGACUGAUUCCACUUCCAACCUCUCAGUGCCGAUGACCUCACCACCCAGCACCCUGUCUUUCGGGACAAUACCUAACAAGUCCACCGCUGUGUCGCUGGCUGUCACAGCUGCCAGCACCAACCCCCUCCUGGAGAGCCUGAAGAAGAUGCAAGAUGGGCAGAGCUCCUCAGGGCAAGCUGGUGCUGGCUCCGCUGCAGAGACCCCUUCGCUGUCAGCCCCUUCUCCUUCCCUGGAUUUGGGCUCUUCCAUGCCCAUGAGCUCCCCUGAGGUAGCCAAGGCCCCACUGCUGUCACUCGGUGUCCCAGCGCCCCUGGCUACUACAGCACUGUCUCCUUCCUCCAGCGCUGCCCAGCCUGCCAGCAGCACCUGCAGCCCAAUGGCUGCCUCCUCUUCUGACCUGGGCCAGACUCCAGCACGGCCUGCCUCUGCCCCGAAGCCCACCACCCUCUUUGGGAUUCUUACUAGCCCUCCUGCAGCCCCUGUGUCAACAACAACAACUGCCUCUCCUGCACCUGAAGCAGCACCCAUGUUCAAGCCCAUCUUUGGCAGCCUGGUGAAGAGCGAGGGGCUGGGUUUCUCCAUGAGCAGCACCACCACGACUGGGCCUGCCCCAGCUACUGGGACUCUGCCCUCCUCCUUGGCUGCUCCUGUCACUUCCAGCAGCACUUUCAAGCCCGUAUUUGGGGCUGCGCCCCCACCAGCCACCUCAGCUCUUUCUGCAACAGUGGCAGCUGCCUCGCCUUUCACCUUCCAGCCGGCGCCCGUGCCCACCCUGCCCGCCAGCAGCUCCACCACCAGCACGCCUGGGUUCCCCAUUCCCCUGGAGGCCACUGUGACCACCACUGCAGCAGCUCUGCUCUCCACCACAGCCAACACCACAGCUGUCUCCUCAAGCAAGGCAGUCUUUGGCUUUGGGUCUACCAUGCCGGUCUCCACAGCUGCGCCUAGCAGCACCUCUGCCACCGCACCAGCAUCAUCGCAGCAUCCCUCGCUCUUUGGGGCCCCAUCCACUAGCAGCACUGCUCCCCUUUUCCAAUUUGGCAAGCUGGUUGCCCCCACAGGUCCCACUCUCAGCCCCUUGGUGAGCUCUGCCUUCAACCAGGCACCCUCCUGCAACACAGAGGUGGCUCCCAGCAACACCACCACCACGACGGCAGGCUUCAGCCUCUUCGGCAACAGCAGUGCCACAACGGCCCCUUCGGCCACAACACAGCCUCCCCUGACGUUUGGGUCCGGCGCCUCUGCAUUCACAGGGGGCUUUGGCACAGCUUCCAAGCCGCCGCCUCCGUACCCAACGGACACCAGCCAGCUGGCUUUGGACACAACAGUUGCCGACAGUCAGCAGGCAGCCACCAAGCCGUCUGCAGGGCCUGUGAGCUUUGGGCAUUUCAACUUCUCCCAGCCAGCGGCCCAACCAGCUUUUGGCAGCACCUCACAGACACCCUUUGGUGGGCCUGCGCCCCUGCCAUCCUUUGGCGCAAAAAGCACCACCCAGCCAACGUUUGGAGCCACCACCUCUGUCUUCUCCUUUGGGACGGCCACAACCUCCGCUACGUCGGGCUUUGGGUCCAACACUCAGACCACAAGCAACAGCAGUGCAGGAGGCUCGGUGUUUGGGAGCUCAGCUCCCACUCCCUUCAGCUUUGGGGCAGCCAACCAGCCCCCCGGAGCAGUCAAUGCCUUUGGCAUGGGUGCAGCUGCUGCUGCUGGCACUGCAGGUUCCGGAGCUCCCGUGAGCUUUAGCUUUGGUAGUGGACAGAGUGGGACAGCGGGGGCAGGGGCAGCAGCAACGCCCUUUGGAUCUUCCUUGGCACAAAACCUGGGGGCCCAGAGCCAGAGCUCUGGCUUCGCUUUCAGCAUCCCUGGCACGCAAGAGAACAAGCCAGCCUUUGGAGGAGCUCCACCACCCGCAUUUGGGCAGAACUCACCGGCACCAGGAGCGGGCACAGUGGGGGGCAGCACCCUUUCCUUUGGAACAUCCAUCACCCCCACCUUUGGAAGUGCCGGACCUGCUUUUGGACCCCCAGCCCCCACCUUCUCCAUUGGGGCAGGAUCCAAGACUGGCUCCCGCCAGCGGCUACAAGCCCGGAGGCAGCACACCCGCAAGAAGUAGCCAAGAGAGACUUCCUGGCUGGGCUCCAGCUCCCAGCCAACCUGCUGUCGGGCCCAGACUGGCCUGGGCACAGCACCUGCCCAACAGAGGAUGCUGCUUCUACAGCCUACCCUCAGCAGGACUGACUGGCCUAGGGGCCACAUUGUCUGUGACAUCCGCAGGAAGUUACCCAGAGCAAUUUUUACCCCCUCAAACGGGACAGGAGAAACCAUGCCCUUUUUACUUGAACAGUCCAUGACUGAGUCUGGAUUAAAUUUUGUACAUAUCGGCUACUUUCCCUUUCCCCAUGUGAGCA